CUUCCAUUCGCAUUUCUCUUUUUCACUUGCGCAUUUUUAUUUUUCUCGCUAAAUUUGUACAAAAGAAAUAAAAUCUAGACAAUUACAAUGAUUAUCCGCGUAAGGUCGCACGAAGGCAUGCAUCGGGUCGAGCUCUUGCAGAAGCUCGCACCCAUGAUGAAUGCACCAACACCAGACUCCAUCAUUUUGACUCGCGAGGCCGGCAGCCAGCAAAUGCUGGCGGAUUUUGAAAAGAGCCUGCUGUCUCUGGGGUUCAAGCAUGGCGACAUGCUCUUUGCCUCCGUAGCCGCGUCUGCGCGGCCCAGUGUUGAGCCCACAAGCACACACGCAACCACUAGCAGCACUGCAUCAUUUGUGCAGCAGGAGAGCGUUGACAACCAGCUGGAGAAGGACGACGGACUAAUUAAGCGCAGGCGCGACGGUGGAUUCUGCAAGCAUGGAGCGAAUUCAAUGUGCGAGUACUGCAUGCCCAUUGAGCCAUUUGACGCUGCGUAUCUGGCAGAGAAGAAGAUUAAGCAUAUGUCGUUCCACGCGUAUCUGCGCAAAGUCCUUUCCGAGAACAAGAUCCGCGGAGACAUUAGCAGCAGCCUGCCAGUGAAUAUGCCGCUGCCGCUUGAGGAUCUGGACUACCAUGUCAAUGGGCAUGCGCAGUGGCCCGAGGGUAUCUGCACUAAGUGCCAGCCAUCUGCAGUUACUUUGCAGCGGCAGCCCUACCGCAUGGUGGACAACCGCUCGAACGACGUGCCGCUUGGGAUCAAGGCCGUGGUCGAAGCCAUAUACGAGCCAAAGCAGGCAUGGGAGGAGGACGGGAUAAAGCUGGCAAUUGACUCGCCCGAAUUCGAUGCCGAAAUAGCCCACGCUAAUACGGCCGCCGAGCUGUGCGGACUCAAGGUUGUCGGCAUGGUGCUUUAUCGCCGACACGCCAACUCGUACUUUUUGACGUCCCUCGAGUGCCGACUGGCCGCAUACAUGGAGCUCAAGCACCCGAACGCCUGUCGCUGGGCGCGCAGCGGCCAGUUUGGGAGCAAGUUUGUCACCUGCUGCAUAAGCGGAAACCAGGACGGCGACAUUGAUGUGACAGCGUGGCAGCUGUCGAACUCCGCCAUGGCUAUGCAGGCUGCGGACCUGAUCGUGCCCAGCAGCGUGCCAUCCAAGAUGUGCGUUCAGGAGCCGACCAAAACUCGCUACGUGCCGGAUGUCUUCUACAAGUAUACGAACGAAUACAACCUGCCCGUCACGGCCAACGCAAAGCCGGCGUUCCCCGUUGAGUACCUGCUGGUCAACCUGACCCAUGGAUUCCCCAACGAGCCAAACCCGUUGUUCAAGAGCGAAGGCCCAUUUUACAUUGAGAACCGCGAGCACUUGCACCAGGUCCAGACACUAGGCUUGGUCAAGAAUCAUAUUGCCGGGGCGCAGGGAUCGCUCGACAAAAUGGCCGCGUUGCUGUCGGAUUUCCACUUCUUGGUGUACCUGAGCAGCCUUGAUAUUCUCAGCGCAGACAAUGUCAAGCUCAUUGGGCGCAUAAUCACUGCGGAAACACCCGAGAUGUCGGCACAGCUUACGGAUGAGCUUUUGGCGUCAGAUGGCUGGCAGACAUUGUCGCUUAUGCUCCAGGAGGCGUCGGAGAGUGACUUGAACCAUGGAGCGGGCUCGGCUAUGGACACUGGUGACUCUAGCGAUGGGUUUAGUAGUGGAGCUCAGAAUACUUCAUCGGCUGGCGGCGGCAGUGGUCAUAGUAGCAGUCCCUGGGCUUGCCGCCACUGCACGUUUGAGAAUAGCCCAGCAAAUGAUUCUUGCGACAUGUGCGCGUUGCCUAGAGACUAAGUUAUGUGCCGAGUUUUAGGGUAUUUUUUCUUACAGUGUAUGUGUGCAUAUUUGUGGUAUUUUAUUCAAUCGAUUAUUUUUUGUAGUCUU